AUGCGGCUCCUUGACGUGGAAACACUCGAAUUCCAGGACUUUAAUGGAGCAAUACCUCCGUAUGCCAUCGCUUCGCACCACUGGCUCGAUUCAGAGGCGACUUACCAUGAAGUCCGCGACGGUCUCAAGCAGGAAAGCACUGGGUUCCGAAAAGUCAAAGGCUUUUGUGAUGCAGUCAAAAAGCUUCAAGCGGCGGGUGAAAUCAAAUGGCUGUGGAUGGAUACCUGCUGCACAAACAAGGCCGACUUCACUGAGUUUUCUGAAGCCAUCAACUCCAUGUUCCGAUGGUAUGCGGAAGCUUCCAUUUGCAUUGCCUAUCUAUCCGAUGUUGACAGCCUGGAUUCAUCUCCGGAAUGGGUCAUGCGGCAGUUCUGGCGCAGCGAAUGGUUUACUCGUGGCUGGACAUUACAAGAGCUCCUCGCGCCGAAGCUGGUUCUGUUCCUCAACCGAGACUGGGAACCUCUAGGACACAAGGCCCCUAGAGCAGGGCUGUGGGAUGUUGAAGCGUUAAAGCUGAGUACAAGAUUACUCGGAUUCAACCUGAGUGCACACAUUUCAAAGAUCACCGAAAUCCCAGAGCGCGUGCUAUUCGACGUCAGGAAAUCGAAUGACUACAGCAUCGAGGACAGAAAAGCUUGGAUGGAGGGUCGCACUACCACGAAGCCCGAAGACUUGGCGUAUUGCCAAUUCGGCCUCUUUGGCAUCUUUCUCCCCCUCAUCUACGGCGAGAGAGAGAAUGCCAUGGAACGCCUCGAGGAAGAACUGCAGAGGAAGAAAACGCGCUUACAGCCCAUUGAAAUUCAGCUGUCUGCCCAGUCGCCGAAGAGUCCGAAAGCUCUGAAACCACCCACGCCAGAGACUCCACUCGACCGCAGACGCUCGACCAAGUUUGUCCGCGGUGAAGCGCCUUACAAGAGAACGAUCACAAUAGACGACAGAGUCGGCUCCCGCACCUUCGAGACCACCGUCGACUUACGAUUUACGAUCGGGCAGUUCAAGCUCCUCUUGGCGAAAGAAGACUGGAUAGGAAGGCCGUGGAGUGAGUUCGGCCUCUCUUUCUUCGAUAAAGACGGGAAGAGAAUCCCGCUGAUCUCGCCUGCGCCACAGUGCUACGAGACAAAAUUGAAAGAGCUCAAUGGCUUGUACAAAGUCACGGUAAAGACUGUGGAGUGA